CUGAUAUAUGUGUCCUAGGUACCAGAUACAAUCGCUAGAUACCUGGUAGGUCUCAAGAAGCCCCUAUGGAGCGUGAGUUACUAGCACACAAAUUCGCGCGAGGCUGAUGUUCACGAUCGGUCAAUGAUACGCCGAAAAUCAUCCUCCACUUUUGUCACAGCAAGAAAUCAAGCGCGCAGUGGUCCUCGACUCGGACUUGUAUCAUUCUCCAACACUGGGCUCCUAGACCAGCACGUUCAGAUUCUGACCACCGUCUGCAUUUAUCGUAUGCAGUGAAACCCAACAGUGGCAGAGACGACAACUGGACACACAACUAUUCCGGACCUACCACCAUAAAAGUUGACCACACUUCCUUGGACCCCCACCAAAAGGAAACUUGAACAGUCCGGAACUUGAACAGCUUUACAGCUCUUUCUUCCACAACGCUGCAUAUGAUAAAUCCUAGAAGGUAAACACAACAAAAUAAGCAACAACAAUGGCAUCCAACUUUACCGCCGAGGACAUCAACCUCCCCCAACUCCGCGACCGCCUAGUCCGCAUCGCCCUCUCAGCCGGCUCAAUGAUCACCAGCGCAACACCAACAACAAGCGCAUCAGGCACCAAGAAAAACUCCGCCGACCUGGUCACCGAAACCGACCAGGCCGUCGAGGCAUUCGUGUCAUCCGAACUGAAAAGACUCUACCCCAAUUUCAGCUUCAUGGGCGAAGAGACGUAUGUCCCCGGUCAGAAACUGGGUCCCGAACCGACGUUUAUUGUCGAUCCGAUUGAUGGGACCACCAACUUUGUGCAUCGGUAUCCGUACACUAGUGUGAGUUUGGGGUUUGCGGUCAACAAAGUUCCGACUGUGGGUGUGGUGUAUAAUCCGUUUACGGGGGCUUUGUAUUCUGGGAUUAAGGGCCAGGGAAGUUAUGUCAAGAACGUGGCGAGCGGAGCGAGCCAAGUGAGCGCACGCACCGGUACCGACCUCGAUCCUUCGGAUCUCGGUCAACAGCUUCCUUUGAAACCCCUGGAACCCCUCGGUGCUCUCGACUCUUGCAUUGUCGUCAUCGAGUUCGGAUCAGACCGAUCCGGCCAGAACUGGAAGAACAAAUGCGAGACUUGGGCGCGACUCGGGCGAAGUAAAGACGAAGGCGGCGCCAUGGUUCAUUCUGCUCGAGCUCUAGGGAGCGCCGCGCUCAACAUGUGUGCUGUCGCUGAGGGAACUCUUGAUCUCUAUUGGGAAGGCGGCUGUUGGGCCUGGGACGUCUGUGCCGCAUGGGUCAUUUUGACUGAGGCGGGUGGGAUUGUGGUUGAUGCGAAUCCGGGCGGUUGGGAUAUUUCUGUCGAUCAUCGAAAGUAUCUUGCUGUCAAGGGUGCUACGAGUGGUCAGAGGGAGUUGGUUGAGGAGUUUUGGAGGAAUGUCGAGGGGAGGUUGGAGUAUGAACAUUGAAACAGAAACAAACACAAAUUGAUUUCGGCAAGUUGAAGGAAAACUUGAACAGGACUAGAGGAAUGGAAGAAUGAACAGACAGACCGCUAUAGAAAUAGGAGAUAAACCGGAUAGACGAAUAGACGAAUAGAUGCAUGGCUAGAGAAAAAGACGCAUGUAAACAGAAGCAAAACACAAAUGGAUUGUCUCGAUGUACGGACAGGCAA